AUAUUUUGCAUCUCCUCUGGCCUCCAUCCGUCAGUCCAGCUUUCUUUUUUCUUCAGCUUCUCUUCCCUCCUCUUGUCUUGGCCAUGAUGAUGAGUUCCAGCCUACUGGAAAACCCGGUGCAGGCGAUUCUGUACCUGCGGGAACUCACCACCAUCGUCCAGAACCAGCAGAGUCUCAUCCAGACCCAGCGCUCCCGGAUAGAGGAGCUUGACCGGCGGGUGGACGAGCUCAUCGGCGAGAACAGGUACCUGCGGGACGUCAGGGUACAACAGCAGCAUCCUUACCAUCACCACCAUCACCAUCCCGAUCCCAGCUGCCUUCAUCAACACCACCACCCUCAAGACCCCCAGCUCAACACUGGAGCGGCGUCUCUGCCGGACCAUGAGGCUGCACCAGAACAGGUCGAAGUAGCUCCGGAGGUUCAGCCGUCGCCUUCCCAACCUAUGGACCCGGGGGAUAUGCAGCUGGUCCCGGCCGACCCGUCCACGGAUUCCCCGGAUGAAAGUGACCCAGAAAACGGCGGAAGUUUCCAAAGCUGCCGCUCUUUGGUUCCGAUGACCCCCACAACCCUUUGUCGAUCCUUGGCUAAAACAUCAGAGAGCGAGAACGUGCUGCAUCAGUUUUGCUGCCCCGCCCCUGAACAUCCAGAGGCUGACACCACCGGCACAGCCGGUGGACAGAUGCUGAGCCUGGAGGAUGGAACGUGCUCUGGUGGGGGACUGGAAGUGGAGGGAACCAUGAGAGAGGGACCAAGCAAAUACGAGAUCUCUCUGGAGAAUAAGAACAAACAGAUAGAAGAGUUGGAGCAGAAAUAUGGAGGCCAUCUCAUAGCGAGGCGGGCAGCUCGCCGUAUCCAGACGGCCUUCCGUCAGUACCAGCUCAGCAAAAACUUCCAGAAGAUCCGUAACUCUCUGUCAGAGAGCAAGUUGCCCCGCCGGAUCUCCCUGCGUCAUCCCAGCCCUUCAGGACGAAACCGGAACUCAACCCAGAGACACAGUUACAGCCUGCAUCCGGGAGGAGGACAGAUACCCUUACGCUCCAAAACUCCUCCUCCUCCCCCGUGUCGCUCCACUUCUCUGCCACCUUCUCCUGCAUCUGGCCCAGCAGCUCGUCCCUCUCCUGCCCCGGGCUCAGCCCCAACUCAAACCCCUGGACAAACACUCACACAGCUGGAAGACUGCUUCUCUGACCAGCUUCAUUCCUUGGCCCAGUCAAUUGAUGACGCUCUUCGUGGUUGGAGCUUGUCGGAAGGAGGAGACGGGAAGGGGCUACUGAUGGACCCCGGGGCCCUUCGUGCAGCUGCUGAGAGUGCUGGUCUGCCCCGCAGUGCCAGCUCGCUGCUCAUGGCCUUCAGGGACGUCACCGUUCACAUAGACAGCAAUAGCUCCUACACCAUCUCUUCCGCCACCACUACAACAACCACCUCUCUGGGCAAUGCAGGCGGGGGACAGCCAGGCAGCAGGAAGACUUCUGAGAGCGGGAUGACUGGAGGAGGAGAUGGCCAGUUUGCAGAGGAGCCAGACUUUCCUGCACCUCCGCCUAGUGAGGAGCUGGAAAUGGCUGAUACAGGAUCCAGGAUGGGCUCCGAAGUGCCAGCUCUAGGAAGAGGAGGGAUGGAGGGGGAGUGCGGCUCAGACAGACUGGGAUCCACAUCCACUUCUACCUCCACCUCUAUCUCCACCUCAGCCCAGUCUAACCAGCAACCUGCUCAGAUUUACACCCAGUACCAGCAGUACCACUACACUCAUCCGCAGCACAUCCCUGGGGGGCCGAGCCCCGAGGCCCUGCAGGCCCUGGUCGUCUCUCUGCCCAGGGACCGCUGCCAGGAUCCAGCCUCCUGCCGCUCGCCAACUCUAUCCACAGACACACACCGCAAACGCCUCUACCGUAUAGGACUCAACCUCUUCAAUGUGAACCCAGAGAGAGGCAUCCACUUCCUGAUCACGCGUGGUUUUGUCCCGGACACGGCCAUCGGAGUGGCUCACUUUCUGCUGCAGAGGAAGGGCCUGAGCAGACAGAUGAUUGGAGAGUUCUUGGGGAACAGCAAGCUGCAAUUCAACAGAGAUGUCCUUGAUUGUGUUGUGGAUGAAAUGGAUUUCUCAGGCAUGGAGCUCGACGAAGCCCUGAGAAAGUUCCAGGCUCAUGUUCGCGUUCAGGGAGAAGCACAGAAAGUGGAGAGACUCAUCGAAGCCUUUAGCCAGAGGUACUGUAUGUGUAAUCCUGAUGUGGUGCAGCAGUUUCAUAACCCAGACACCAUCUUCAUUCUGGCCUUUGCUGUGGUCCUCCUCAACACUGACAUGUACUCGCCUAACAUCAAACCCCAGCGCAAAAUGGGCCUCGAUGACUUCAUACGCAACCUAAGAGGUGUGGAUGACGGAGCAGAUAUCCCCAGAGAGAUGGUCGCAGGCAUUUAUGAAAGGAUCCAACAAAGAGAGCUCCGGUCCAACGAGGACCACGUCACCUAUGUGAGCCGUGUGGAGCAGUCCAUCCUGGGCCUGAAAACUAUCCUCGCCGUGCCCCACAGACGUCUGGUGUGCUGCUGUCGUCUGUUUGAGGUGCCCGACGCCAACAAGCCUCAUAAACAGAAACUGUCCCAGCUCCAGAGAGAGGUGUUCCUCUUCAAUGACCUGCUGCUGAUUCUGAAGCUGUGUCCCAAGAAGAAAAGCUCGGCCUCAUACACCUUCUGUAAAGCUAUGGGUCUUCUGGGAAUGCAGUUUCACCUCUUCAGCAAUGAAUACUACGCCCAUGGCAUCACCAUGCUGAGCCCAUUCACCUCAGAAAAGAAGCAGCUGGUGAGUUUCUGCUCCCCAAGUGGAGAAGAGCUAAGGAAGUUUGCAGAGGAGCUCCGAGAGGCUAUUACAGAGGUCAAUGAGAUGGAGCAGAUACAUAUCCAGUGGGAAUUGGAGAGGCAACAAGGCAUCCAGCCACACAGCAUACACACCAAUGGCGGGCAAGUGGACACACACACAGGACACGGCUCUCCCUCAGGCCAACAGGAUGCGUAUGAUAAAACCGGCAACAACAACACAGUAGAGGUGUCAAUUCACAACAGGCUGCAGACCUAUCAACUGAGCCAGCCCAGCAUUGAGUCCAUGCCUCUGGCCCUGGCUGCGCCGCCCGCCCUGCUCAGCUCCGUGCAGCCCGGAGAGCUUCGCCCAGAAACACUCAUCCAAUGCCAGCAGAUAGUCAAGGUGAUCGUCGUGGACCAAAGCGGGCGAGGGCGGAUGGAGGCCUUCCUCAGCCAAGGCCCAGCUACCCAUCAGCUCAUCCAGUCGGCCAUGUCCACACCUGUGCGCGUCAGAGAGGGAGACGGCCCUCAGCCUCCUUUGCCGCCUCCCCCUCCACCUUACAACCACCCCCACCAGUUCUGCCCCCCUGACUCACCCAUGCCCCUCCACCACACCAUGCCUCUCAUGCGCAGGCGCAACUCCAGCGGCUCCCGCAGCAUCGUCUGAGUCGUCAACUCCUCUAUGAACCCUGGGGGCCAGACAUGAGCCUCACAUUCACACACAGCAACACGCACAUGCUGGAGCACUAGUCGACUCACUUUGAGUAGGAUUAAAGCAUUGCUAAAAAAAUAAAUAUUCGAGGAAAAUACAGUACGAGUCGAAUAAAAGGACAAAGGAAAAGAAAACAACAAGAACUCUUGACUCUUGAGUGGUGGUUUUCACAAAGACAACUUUUCUUCUUUUCUUUGACCAACAUGUCACCCGGUAGCUGAUGGUGUUGUCUGUCUAGAUUUCACACUCUUCAAAUGAUCUUGUGACUUGUAUUUUUAGAUGUCACCUGUCCAAAAAUGUGUCUGUGAGCUAUAACUGUGAAACCGAGGGCAAGGUCAGAAAAGCAAACUCUGGCAGCCCUGAAAGGACAAGGGAACACUUUAAACUCUGUUUUGCUUUACCCUCUUUCAGGAUAUUGAUGUUAGGUUCACACCAAUUUCUUUGGUCCAGGUUUUCAGUAUUAGAUACCGCACUCAGUGAGGAAUCAUUUCAGCAGAGCUUAUCUAGCGUCUCCUCACUGCAAUCUUUUUUUUCUAAUCUCUGCAUAAUAUGAAGAAACAAGAGCGCCAGCUUAUUUGUUUUCUUCAUUUUCUAGGGAACAGUUAAUCAUUGUGUGAGGAAGAAGGCCAAGAAAAAGGUAAAAGGCUCUAGCAUCUCUACCCUGUCGUGUGCAGUAAACUGCAGUAAGCAAGGAUGUUGCUACUCACUGAACUAACCUAAAACCACAUCCUGACGACAAUCAUAUUUUUCUGUGCUUCAGUGUUGUGCAUUUUGAUAAACUUGUGUGAGCAGAUGUGUUCACAGUAGUGUGUGACUGCCCUGAUUCUGUGGCGAUAUACUGCCACAGAUCUCAGGAAAGGAUUUGCUGCACUGUAACAUAUAUGUGAGUUGUACUGAGAGCAGCGCGCUUGUGUGCUGUGUGUUCAGUCUGCUUACUCAUGGGCAGCAGGGAGUAGGACUGGUAAUUAAUCCAAAACAAGGCUAAAACAGCCAGAUGAAGCCUUUAUCCUCCUGUACAUUUGCUCGUAAUGGGUUACCUGGUGUGAAUAUUGUUGUUACCUUUGAAUUUAGGCAAUAUCUGUGCCCAUAAAACUCUUGGCUUUAAUUUAAAAAAGGAACAUAAAUUGCUCCACACAGGGUAGACCAAGGUCACCAUCACUCCCCUCUCACAAAUUAUAUUUUUCCUUGCACACUGAAAAUGUUAUAUAAGCAGAGAUGCAUUCAUAUACUGAAUGUUAAUCAGGGGGAAAACUGAAGAUGUCCAUGGAAUAAUUAUUGAUUUCAUCACCGGGUUGUCUGUCCAGUUUCGAUGGUUCGAGCUUGAGCCAGUUUGUACAGCAGAUUGCAAAUCAUCCAACUGAGACACACCAAAUACGUCUUGUACCUUUUGCACCACAGAAUAUAUUGGAUAUAUUGUAAAUAGAUAAUAUAGAUUUAUUCUGAAAAAGUGAUUGGUUUGCCCAGUGUGUGUAUCUACGUAUGUAUUUGUACAGAGAAGAAUCUAGUUUAAAAAAAAGAAGAGCAUAUUAUAGUUAUUAUAGCUAUUAAUAUUAUUAUUAGAAUUAUUAUUAUUAUAUUCACAUUUUAAUAUCAGGGGGUGUCCUAAAUCCUACUACUACAAGAGACAGGAAACAGGUAGCUUUUAUAGAAUACACUCCAGUUACCAUGGUAACACACUGAUAUUAUUGCAGAUCUACAUUCAUCAUGAAAUUAUACAAUGUCAUAUAUUAUAGGAUUAUUAAGAGAUGGCUGUGUCACCUGUUAAGGUGUGUAAAGGGCUAUGCUGUAUUGGUAAAUACGUGCAGUAAAUCACAGGUCAUACACACACACACACACACACACACACACACACACACACACACACACACACACACACACACUGACGUACACAAACAUGCACAUAGCUGCCAAAGCAACAGCAAAUCCAGCUUACAAUCACCUUAGAAACUGCUUGAUUUCUCAAGUCAGCAACUCCACUUUGUUUACUCUAAGCUCUGACUGACUUGUACUAUACAGCAUGAUAUUGUUUUUAAUUUUUUUCAUUUACAGUUCACGGGAGGGGGGGGGGGGUGAUUUGAUUAUAUGUUUGUAUCAUAAUUGUCAGGGCAUGUUGGGUUGAUUGAUGUCAUUUUCUUCCCUCUCUCUACUUCCUCCCUCCUUUCCGCCCGACCCCUUACCCCCACCCCCGCCUCGUCUACUCCAUGGUUGUCAUGGAGACGCACCAAUCUGCAUCCUCACUGUGGAGCACUGUCAUUAAUCUUUGCACCCUCACAAUAUUUCUAAAAAGGAGAUUUCUUAAAGAUCAACAUGUUUACUAAUGGAAUAUUUCUUAUUUUUUCUGUUCUAAGAGAAUGAAAGAAUAAAGUAGUUUUUACUCUCGG